GAAUGGAAUACCCCGUGACAACUGUUAUGGCGACUCACAAUAUCUAGCCACUGACGAUUUACAUCGCGUUUAUGUAGCCAACUUGACGGACAGAAGAUGACCCACAACGUAUCGGCAAUAACUGUACAGUACGGAGAAACAGGUCUGACGUAAAUGCACAAGAGUGACGAUGUUGAGAGACACAACCAAUCACAUUUACAAGGUAUCCGAUCUGCUUGGCAAAGGCGCCACCUGCAGUGUCUACAAAGGUGUCGACAAGAAAACUGGGAAGGAGAGAGCGUUAAAGAUAUUUAAUGUAUCUCUGCCGACUCCUGUCAAGGAGGCUCUGCGGCGAGAAGUGGAUGCCCUGAAGACUCUCAGCCAUCCUAAUGUCGUGACCUUCUUGAGCUUGGAAACGGAGAGAACAAGUCGUCACAAAGUUUUGGUGAUGGAACUGUGUGCAGGAACGCUGCUGAACGUUCUGUCAGAGCCACAGCACGCCUAUGGACUACGUGAAGAUGAAUUUCUGCUUUUCUUCAACCAUAUGGUCUCCGGCUUAAAACAUCUAAGGUUGAACGGGUUUGUCCACAGAGAUAUUAAACCAGGAAACAUCCUUAGGAGUAUUGGGGAGGAUGGCAAGUCGGUUUACAAGCUUUCAGAUUUUGGAUCAGCCAAAAAACUUGAUCUGGACGAAGAGUCGUUCAUGUCCAUGUAUGGCACGGAAGAAUACCUGCAUCCAGACAUUUUCGAGAAAGCGUUCAUAGAUAGAAGUGCCCAGAAACAGUUCACGCUGGCAGUAGAUUUGUGGAGCAUCGGAGCGACUUUGUACCACGCAGUGACGGGCUCGAUACCGUUCCGGCCCUACGACGGCAGAAGGGAUAAGGAAACAAUGUUUGAAAUGAUUGGACGGAAAGAAACCGGGAUAAUUUCGGGAGUUCAGGAAACUCCGAAUGGAGAAAUAUAUUGGAGCAACGAUCUCCCAGCCUCUUGCUGUGUAUCAGAGAAUCUGAAGACAGUUCUGAGGGAAAUGUGCGCAGGGAUGAUGGAACGAGAUCCUAGAAGGAUGUGGACUUUUGAGACGUUUUUCUGCGAAGCUGAACGUUUGUUUGAAAAAGAACGGAUUUUCAUCUUCAGCACUCUGGAUUGCUCUUUCAUGAUUGCCUACCUUUGCCCCAGUUCUCAUCUUUGUGACCUCAAGAAAGAGAUUCAAAGGCAGAAGAACAUAGACAUGGACAAACAAAUCCUGCUGUGGAAGGAGAAACCUAUAGAAGAACACAUAACCCAAGAAAUGGAAGUCAUCGACUUUCCCAAAACCGACAGCAGUAGACCACUGAUCCUAUUCGGAAUGUGUACUAUGGAAGGUCUCCCACUUUCACCAAUAACAAUAGAGGAAUUUCCAAGUAGUACUGGAGGAAUCGAAGAGGACUUUCGUACUGCAAAACAUAGCUUGGAGGUGCAGCACGGGCUCAAAAAGGUCAUGGAUCAGUGUCGUGUCAGCCAGGAAUUCCUUGUCAGUGGAGCCUCUGCCUUGAAUUCACAUAUGAUGUCACAAGUGACGAACCUUGGAGAAAAAGUUGAACGAGAACUGACAGUAACUCGACAGGCUCACAGGCCAAUAGAAUCGUCUCUGAGCAUCCUGAAAUCGAGGCACAAGGAAGAGUCCAUCGACAGAGACACCUAUGACUUCGCGGAUGCGGGGUCGCUAGAAACCCAACUUUGUCAGGAUUUGCAGCACGUCAGCGAUAGCUUAAGCAAGGUUAUCAGCGGAUUAGAAGAAACAAAAGUGUGGUGCAAAGCGGCGAGAGAUGAAUUAGGAGGUUAUCUUGCCACAGAAAAGGCACUGGAGUUAACGUAUGGUCUUAAAGUGAUCUGCCCCAGGGAUUGCGAAUGCGUUACCAGCGCGAAAUGGCAGAUGGAUGAAAUAAAAACCCUGACUCAUAAAUUUGACGAAAGACGACGGCACCCUCACAUUUCUUUUCACCAGGAACAGCUUAACACAUUCGACAAACUCCACCUCGCAGACGUCUGCCAGAAGAGUCUGUUGCUGUUGAACGAACACUGCUUGCCAGCGAAUGAAAAUGUGUUUCGUGCGUUCAAGUCAUGGCACAGCGUUUUCCGUCUGAAGAGGCUUGAGUUUGAUCGAAAAACUAAACAGACGUUGGAGAAAAUGAAAGAAGUGCAAGAACUUCAGUCCCAGUACCAUACGAUUCAAACCGGAGUUUUAUCCAAAUAUAUGAAAACGGCACCCACAUCAGUUGGAGCCGACAAGACCCGCUUCGUGAAUCAUCGAAAAAAGCAGCAUCGUCAUAACAUGGUGAAAGCACUAGAAACAUCGUUGGUGGAUUCUGCCACCGAUUCUGAGUUCUUGAGACAAGAAAUGACUUCCCUUCAGGAAAGCUUGGUGUCUAUGGCGGAAACACUUGAAAUAAACGACGAGCCAGAAAUAUUGUCGUUCGACGAAUUCCUGCAGUGACAAAUGUGUAUGUCAAGUGAAAACACCUGUUUCCCACAUCUCCGUUUUUGGUAAAUUUCCCAAAAAUUUUUUGGAAGACAUCUUUUACGAAAAAUGUUAAGAGAAAUAUGUCCCUUGUGACAUAAGUUUUGUGAAAGUGGAAACAGGCUUUCGUCACAGAUGACAGAUGUACCACAUAUAUGUGGAAGAUAUAUGUAUAGAUAUGAAAAUAUUUGAAGAUAAAAGGAAUCCAAGGAAAACAGUUUUCAUAUAUUAAAUAUGCCCUUAAGACUCAUAGUUGUGCGUGGGUUCAAUAAUAAUAAUAAUGAAGUCAAGGCAUCACCACGUAAAUGUAAAAGGUUUCACAACCUUUGGAUCCACAUGCCAGGAAGAUAAUAAUGCCGGCAUGAGGAUCGAAAGCUUGCGAAACCUUUUACAUCUACGUGGUGAUACUUUGACGUCUUUAUUAUUAUAACUGGUGUAAAGUAUGUCUGUUACACACACAAAAAAAAAUAUUUUGUUAUACAGAAUUUUAUUUAGACUAUAUUUAUUGGUAUUACGUGGUAGCGUCUUGACUUCGUUAUUAUUAUUGGUAUAGACUUUUAUACACCACGAAACAGUAAGCUAUUUUACGCUUACUGUUAGAAAAUAUUCUGUUGAAUGUAAGAGAAAUCCUGUUGCUUUAGUGAUCUAGAAUGUGUUCUGCUACUGCAACAGGUUAUUCUGUUAAAUAUAACAAACUUUCUGUUAAAAUUAACAGAUUAUUUUUUUUGUGUGUAACGUAUAUGCAGUUGAAUGAAAGUCUGAACCAAAGAUCACCUGCAAACAAUUUAUGAUAAUUUAAUCAGCCGUAAUCAUGAUGUUACAGUUGUAUAUUCGUGUACAACUUACUUUACCCAGAGCAUAAUGCCGAACAUGUAUACCAGGUCAUGCAGCAAAGGCAUGCUGCGUGCAGAGUGCUAACGUUCAUAUAUUGCAUCCCCAAGUCUAAGCAAACUGCCACGGUAAUGGAAACCCAGAGUUACUAGAAGAAAUUUAGAUUUCAUUAAUUUUUCAUCUAAAGAAUGUAUCGCCCUGUAUGUAUAUUGUCAAAUACUCUGUAUGUAUUAUAUUGACCUUUAUACGCAGCAUAGGCUUCAGUAUAACACAGGUACGAACACAGAAACUGAGCCAUUACUUAUUUAUAAGACCAACUUUUUGAAUGUGAUUAACAUACUUUGGAAGCAUAUUAACAAACAGCAGUACGCAAUAUUUCUGAAAUUGUUUUGUGUUAUGCACAUAUAUAUUUGUUUAUUCAGCCGGGACCAGAUUUCAUAUCAUAUAGACCAAUACCGUGCCAUAUGUUAGCUGAACGAACCAUACGUAUAGCCUAAAACGUGAACAGACUGUCUCAGAUGUAAGGAUUAAUACAUGGUAUACAUGGUAACCUCGAGCUUACAUAAUAUCUGAUGACCUCAUUUGUUUCCCCAUAUAACACCAGGGAGACGUUGAACUAUCAAGUUCACUGUUUAUAGUGUCCUCAGGUGUCAAGUGUGGAGAGAAACUGAUUACUUGGAGUUAAAUAGACAUGAUGCCACGAAAGCAUGAGCGCCUUUUGUGAUAAACUGACAGAAUGGUUCUGUUUGGGCGGGUCAUCUCCGUUAUCAGAUCGCCCCAUACAUGAUCAGUUAUCGAUAAAACAUAAUCUUUAUAUGGGUUGACGUGUAUAAUGCGCGUAUAAGGUUUCCUUGUAUCAUGGACGUACGCACCACCAUGCUUGUAUGACACGCGCCUGUGUAUUUUUGUGACAUUAGACUACUUCGAGAUUUAAUUGAAUUGUUGCGAUCUCCACUGUUUAUUGCUGUUAGUGGUAAUAAUGUGUCCGUGGGUCAGUGGGAGAACAUGUAUAAUUGAAGAUAAUUGUUCGAGUUUGUUAAGGUGCCAUGCACAUUUCACAUAUUCUUUUCAGUCAUACACGAUACGUGGAUAUUAUUUGAUUUAAAUCAAGCUAUAUGUAUAUGUAUAUUUGUUUAUGUACCCUUGUAAAAUUGCAGGUCGUAUAAAAAAAUUAUACAAGUGCAAGAUGUGGAAAACUACUAUUUUUUAUUGAUGACGCUUCUAUGUAUUAUUGUAUAGAUGUCUAUUUUGAACCAUUGAUAUUUUACUCCUUUUUUUUCUUAUGCAGAAAUGUCAAGUCGAAGCUUUUCUAUUAUCGCAUUGCUUGGAAAUUCGCUUUCAGGGCAAAAUGCACAUGAAACUCUAAGCUAUGUGAAAACAAUUUGGAUUUAAGUAUUUUUACAUGCUGUUCAACAAAAAAACAUAUCUUGUGACAUCAGCGGACCAUAUUAUAAAUAAACAGUCUUAUAAUGAAUCCAAUAAUUUAAAUAAUUUAACUCGGUCAGAGAAAUUCAGAUGAAGUAAUCAAACUUUUCAAACAGGUUUUAAUUUUGUUUUACGUACAGUACUUCAUUUUUACGUUUACUUUUCUUAAAAACAAUAUCAGUGUAGCCAAGGAAAGCUUGUAUGAGAAAAGACAAUAAACAUUAAAUAUAA